AUGGAAUUGAUUCCAGGAUUGCCGAACGAUUUAGCCCGCGAAUGCUUGAUUCGAAUUAAUCCGUAUGAACAGUUGGCAGUUGCUGCUUCGGUUUGCAAGGGAUGGAAGAUUGAGAUAGAGUCACCUGAAUUUCGAGUCCAGAGGAAAGCUGCGGGCCAUAGCCAAGUGCUCGUAAUACUAGCAGUCGCGUCUGGAUGUAAGACCUACCUUUCCAUCUUUGAGCCACUCCAGGGACGGUGGUCCACUCUACCCCCGAUUCCCGAUUGCUCUAACGGGAUGCCAACAUAUUUUACAUUGGUUGCUGUUGGGUCCGAUAUUUUAGUCUUGGGAGGAUCAGAUGUGUACAUAUAUAGUUUCCAAUCCUGGAGUUGGCGGCGAGGAGUUGACAUGCCAAGCGAGCCCCGCAAGUACUACGAUUUCGCCUCUGAUGGCAAGCGGAUAGUUUACGUGGCCGGGGGCGAGUGCAUGGACAGCUUGUUGAAGUCCGCCAUGGCCUAUGACGUGAAGAAGGACGAGUGGAUCACGAUGCCUGACAUGCCAAUUGAGCGUGAAGAUUGCUGGGCAGGCUUCCACUCCGGCAAGUUCCAUAUCAUCGGUGGGUACGAUAAUUGUCGGAGCGACAGGAUUGCAAGAAGCGAGGUGACAUUCGAUCCCGUUGCAUGGUGCUGGGAACCCGCUCAAGAGAUUUGUUUAGAAUUUAGCAUGGAUACUGCAACUAAGUGUGUUGGUGAAAGAAACGCGGAUGAAUCCUUUUACACGUGCCUGGGUAGAGAUGUGAUUGCACAUAAGGAUUCUGCAUGGCAAGCUGUCGCAAAGGCACCACCGGAUAUUGAACCGGAAAUCUUGUUAUGGUGGCAUGAUCAGUUGUUGAUGGUUGGGACCACAUGGGUCGAUCGGAGAUGCUGUCCCGGUGCCUAUACAUUGGACCUUAUCACCCAUUCCUGGACUCGGAUAGAUCUUCCUAAAAUGUGCCGAGAUGUCCUGGGAGGAUGCUGCUUGGAGGUUUAA